AUGGAGUUUCAGCUUAAUAGUACCCUUAUUGCUUUAAUCCCGAAGAAGAAAGAUGCAAUUCGGGUUACAGAAUAUCGGCCGAUAAGUCUAUGCAAUGUAUCUUACAAAAUUAUCUCCAAAGUUCUAGCCAAUAGAUUGGGGACUAUUUUACCAAAAAUUGUGCAGGGGAAUCAGUCAGCUUUUAUCAGUGGUAGGUUGAUUACUGAUAACGUGAUUGUGGCUUUUGAGGCUUUGCAUUCCAUGAGCUUGUUAGCUAGAAGUAGAACCAAUUACAUGGCGGUGAAACUUGACAUGAGUAAAGCUUACGAUAGAGUGGAAUGGAAUUUUUUACAGGAGGUAAUGGCGCAUAUUAUUUAUCCUACAAGAGGCAUUCGACAAGGUGAUCCUCUUUCUCAGCUUCUUUUUGUUUUAUGUACUGAGGCCCUCUGUAGUAACCUACAUAUGGCGCACAAUGUAAAUUUGUUUCGGGGAUUCCUUUUGUUAAUAAACUUCAAUAAGACUAGUAUUUUCAUCAGUCGGUUUACACUUAUACAGCAAAGAAGAAGGCUAGUGUCAAUGAUUGGUGCUACUGAAGCCAAGCGGUAUGAUCGCUAUUUGGGAUUGGCAGCAAUUGUUGGCAGAUCUAGAAGAAGUGCUUUCCUUUAUGUUCUAGAUAAAAUAAACAAGAGGGUUGCAAGUUGGUCGCAUCGCACUUUAUCUCAGGCUGGGAAAGAAAUUUUUAUCAAAGCAGUUUUACAGGCCAUUCCUACAUAUGCCAUGCAAUUGUUCAAGUUCCCUAAAAAUCUUUGCAAUGAAAUGGAUAAUGUCUUGCGUAAGGUUUGGUGGGGAAAUAAUGCUAAAAAUAACCCAAAAAGUUGGCUGCCGUGGUCCAAACUUUGUGAGGCGAAGAAAGAUGGAGGUAUGGGUUUUAGAAACUUUGAAGCUUUCAAUGAUGCUUUGUUAGCAAAGCAAGGUUGGAGAAUUCUUACAAACCCUGAUUCUUUGGCUAGUCGUGUGCUAAAAGCUAAGUACUUUCCUGGUACUAAUUUCUUACAUGUGGAGAAGGGAAGAAAUGCGUCCUUUUUGUGGGCUAGUCUGUUGGGUGCUCGGGGGUUAUUACAAGAUGGUUUGAAGUGGCGAAUUGGCAAUGGUGCAAGGGUUCACAUUUGGCAAGAUCAUUGGCUGCCCAAGCAUAUUUAUCACGGAUCACAUGCAGAGAUGAUGGGCUUCAACAAGGAUGCUCUGGUCGGCUCUCUUAUUGAUUGGAGCUUAAACUGGUGGAAUGUGGAACUUCUUAACCACUUAUUUGAUGAGGAAACAUCCCAGUUUAUACUACAACAAUCAAUGGGGUCCUACUAUAUUAAUGAUUCUCUUUAUUGGUCUGGGACGUCAAAUGGUGUCUAUACGGUGAAGAGUGGUUAUCAUCGUGCAAUGGAGAUAAGAGGCAGAACUUUAGCAUCUUCGUCGGAUCCAGGUGAUGAUGUUUAUGGUAGAGUAUGGAAUUCAGUGUGGUCCUUGGUUGCUCCUCCUUCUACUAAGGUGGCAAAUAAUGGCAUUCUUACAGCGGAUGAGUUUACUUCGGCAUCUAUAAGAGAGGAGGUUGCACAAUUAACAUCUUAUCAACAAACUUCCCAGGAGGAUAUACAGAUAUGGAGGGGGCCUGCAUUAAAUUAUAUCAAAGCUAAUUGGGAUGCGGCGACUCAUUCCCAAACUUUACGAACUGGGUUUGGUGUUGUUUUUAGAGAUGUGAAUGGGGAUGUUAUGGCAUGUAGUACACUUGACAGACCAUCUUUAUUGGACUCUACUCUGGCGGAGGCUUUUGCUGCUCUACAUGCUAUUAAACUAGCAUGUGAUUUGGGUUUUACUCAUCUUAUCUUGGAAGGUGAUUCUUCAAUUAUUGUAGCAGCAAUUGGUGGCGAAGAGAUGUAUUUUUCUGCUUGGCGCUCUGUGAUUUUGGAGAUUCGGAGGCUGCUUACAUACUUUCAUAGUUGGUCGGUUUAUCAUGUUCGUCGAAAUGUGAACUCUGCAGCACAUGCCUUGGCCAAGUUCUCUUUCCAUGUUCCUGGUCUACGGCUAGACAAUUCCACCAGAUUGGUGGCUCGAGUGCCUUUUGGCCUCCAGUUCUUUUGUCCUUCAGUUUGGGACUCUUGA